GACCCGCCGCCCGGCAUGUCAGAUUCGGGCGAUGACUUGCCAACCUGCGCGUCGCCAGAUUCGAGUGCGAGUGCUGCUGCGCCGCUGGCGCAUGCCAUCUCGCUGUUCGAGGCCAAGUGGGCCAGCGGCGAAAUGGACCCGGAUGAUGCUUUUGGCGCAG